CUCGACUCGUUAAGUUCGCUUCGCUGUUGGUUUUGUUCGAAGGAAAGGCGAAGAGCGCGCGCGUGCGAGCGGCUUUUCCAACGCGGCUUUUCUUUGUGUUUUCUGUGUUUUUUUUUUUUUUUUUUUGGUUUUUCCACAAAACUACCACAAAGCCAAGUGUCCAAUGACUGGGCCAAAAAGCCUGAGUGUUUUUGAGAGUGCAUCAGCUGGCCAGUGUUACAAUUGUCGCACGUAAUCGUGCUGGCGGCAGUUACGCCUCAGAAAGCAGCCGAAACAUAAAGUAACAGCCAGUAGAUACAAAGAUACAAAAGUAUCUGAAACACAUGCGUUACGCUCAGCUGACUAGCUCUGUGUCUGUGUGUGCUUAAGUGUAUGUGUUUGUGUGCUUGGCUUAACUUAGCUAACAAAUUGGUUAGAUAAAUUAAGCAAAAAGUAAAAAAGUCAAAAAAAAAAAAACUGUGAAAUUCGCGAAGCUACAGCGAGGAAAGGAAAAAAAGCUAAAAAGCUGAAACUGAAACUGAAAGUGCGCCGCGUUUAGCUAAGCCAGUAAAUGCUUUAAACUUAAAUCUUAAAUCUUAAAAAUAUAUAAAAUAUAUAUCAUAAUCGUAUAUCGUAUAUCGUAUAUCGUAAUCAUAUCCCCCGCUUCACAUACCCGCGGCUGGCCGAAAUAUGUCACAAUUCCGCGAUAAUUCAUGGCUUGCCAAUGCCCGUUCCUAUGGCGUUUUGAAGAGUUUACGCAGCUCGGCACGUUAUGCCAAGGCCAAAUCGAAGUCGGCCAUUAAUCUGAAUGCCCAUCUGAAGAAGCAACAGAAGCUGGAAGAAGGACAGCCCGUCAAGAAGAAGAAUCAGGAAAAGAUAAAACUUAGACAAAGUCUUAGCGAAGAUCAGCCGAUCUAUGCCAAUGUGGAUGAGGUUAUACCCAUUCAUCAUCUAGAACAAACACAAACUGGAACCGAAGUCGAUGCUCUAAUGGGUAAUGCUCAGCCGUCAACGAUGAACCACCUGCGGGUGCACAAAUUCAAGCUGGGCGGCAAAGAUAAUGCCGCCAUGGCCGAUUUACCACAAGCGGAUAAUACCAAUAAUAACAAUAAUGUUGGAAAUAAUAAUAACAAUGGAGGAGCCAAAGGAUUUCUGGGCAGAAUCAAGCGUUACUCGGUGCUGGGUAAUAAGCUUGGACGUCGUCAUCUCGGUAGUGUUAAUCUAAAUCCAUCGAGUAAUGCCAGUGAUAAUUCAGUGUCGCCAAGUAAACUCCAUACCGGUAGCUAUAAUAUGACGGGUAGUCAUUCGGAUGACCAUCGCCUGGAGAUCGGUGCACCGGUCUUAAUAUCCACCACCACUCUGGAUACGGAUCGUUUCGAUGUCACAGAGGCGAGACUUAAGCAAAUAGGCGGCGGCAUAGCCCAAACCUCCAGUAUUGUGAGAACCCUAACGCCCAGGAGUUCGGAUGAGGAUGAGUUUGUGGACGCCAGGAGCAGUCCGCAGGAUAUGGAAAGGGAUGAAAAUCUGCAGAUUACAAAAAAUCAUAUAAAUCAGCAGGUUGAAGUGCCCAGGGAACCAAAACAUGAGGAGGAGAAGAAGAAAGAUGUAGAAGAUUUGGAGGAGCCGGAGCAGUUUGAGACUCCCAAGCAUCAAGUGGAGGAGGAACUUAAAGCGGCGGUUCCCCAGGAGGUGAAACGACCCAAAACUCCAAUACCCACUGCCAUAGAACCGCCAAUGAGACGACCACGUAUUGGCCGCCAGCAGAUGCAAUCGCAAUCUGUCCAGAAUCUACAUCGCAGCGAACUGAAGGUCUACCUGCACAAAUCCAACUCGAUGGUUCUGGACAUGAAUGUCACGGCGCCGGCCAAACUGGGAUUGGACUUGAAUAUGCCGGAAUUGCCGGAACUCUAUGGUGCCAGCGAACUGAGCUUGGCAGCCAGUGAUAAUAAGGAGAAUCAACCAAUGGUGGUCAAGCCCUCGGCAGAACGAUCACCGAUACCAAAUGGUGGCUUCUUGGCCCAGCAGCCACAUUUCAAGAGCCUUGAUUCCUUCCAGUUGAUCACCCGAUCCCACCAGAGUUCCAACCAGAGUUCCCAUCAGAGUUUGGCCUGCAGCAGCAAUGGUGAAUUCGACUUUGAUCUUAAGUCGGUCAGUUACCAGAGUCUGAAUGCCCAGAAUCUGUUUGUGUCCAUUGAUGAACUGCAGGAGCUGUCGCGGCAGAUCAAUGAGACGGAGGACUUUGGCAAGGAAAUCGAUCUGGAGUACUGCACCCAUCGUGAUCAAUUGAGACCCAGUGAGCGCAGGAUCACUCUGCUGAAGAACAAGAACCAAUCGCUGAUCAAUUUCAAUCACAACAAGGAGAAGCUAAGGAAGGGCUGGCACGGCAUGAAACAUUGGCUGGGCGAGGAGGGCACCAAGAUCAAGGAAGCUGUGCGUCAGCAGACGCCUCUAAAGCGUCUGGCUCAAUCCAGGAGCAAUCUUAAUCAGUCCACUGCGGAUGCCAGUCGCCAAUCGAUGUCACCGGAUCGGAGUCGCCGCGACAUGACCGAGAGUUGCGAGGAUGUCACCGAACGCACCGAAAUGGAGUCGUCCAUGUCGCACCGGAACAGCGAGGAUGAUCUGUCGCCGCAUGCCAAGCGGUUCAAGGAUGAGGGACAGAACGGCUUCGAGGAACUCCGACGAUAUGUGAAGCAGGGUGGCGACUUCAGCAAGGAGCUCAUAUUCGUCCUGCAGGAAAGGGCCGACUCGGAGCUGAUCUACUCCAAGUCGCUCUCGAAGCUGGCCAACAAGUUGAACAAAGCUGGCAGGGAAAUACCCGGAAGCGUGGCCGAUGCCUGGCGUGGAGUGGCUACGGAGAUGGAGAGCCGCAGCGAUAUCCAUCGCCAGUUGGCGGCCUCGCUGACGGAUGAGCUGGUCAAGCCACUUAAGACCGUUGUCGAGGGUCAUCACAAAGCCCGCAAGGCGGUGGAAAGCAACGUGGACAAGGCAGCGCGAGUCUUGGGCGAAUGGCGUGCCAGCGAGGCGAAGGCUAAGAAGGCCUCCCACACGGCAGCCCGCGAAAAUGAGAAGCUGCAGGACGCAAUGCUGGACGUGCGUAUCCAAAAGUCACCAUCCAUUGCCCUGCUCCACCAGGGACCCAAUAAGCAGGCGGCCGAAAAAGAGCUUAAGUCGGCGGAGAAGGAUUGCGUGAAGUUGGACAACAAACGCAAGAAAGCCGAGGAGGCAGUGAAGCGGGCGGAUGUCGAAUACUAUACCCUGUGCGUACGGGCGGAGCGAGCCCGUGUCGAUUGGGAGAUGGCCGUGCUCCGGGGAAGUGCCCAGCUGCAAAGCAGCGAACAGCAGCGACUGGGCAAUAUGCACAACUUUGCCCAGCAAUAUGCUCGUCUCAUCUCAGAUAUGAAUCCGAUCCUUGGCGGUCUGAGCACUCGCCUGCAGCCCCAACUGGAGGCCUGCAAUGUGGCCAAGGAUAUGCAGGUGGUGCGUCAUAUUCGCCGUAAUUCGGAAGGACCCAGUGAGCAGUUGCUGCCGGACUUUUACUGCGAACACACCACGCUGGCCAUGAACAGGGAACGUCGCAAGCACGCCCUCAUUAAGCUGCUCCAGCUGGUCAAGACGGAUCUGGAGCGGGAACGUCGAUCCCGCGAUGGACUGAGGGGCCUGUCACAGUCGCUCAACCACCAGGAGCAUCAGAACAUUACCGAUAAACUGUAUCACAUCCGCUCUAUGUUGACCUAUUUGGAGGGCGCCCGCCUCAAGCUGCACUCUGCCCUUUUGGAGCUGGACCACAAGCCCAGGACCAAUCACCCACUGGCCCAGCAUAUUCAGAUAACCCGUGACCGCACUGGAUUGCAGCAGAGCAUCCUGAAGGUGCCCAACUGGCUGAAGAACAACGACAAGUCACAGACCCAGCAAUCUACGAGUAUGCUGGCUCACGAUGUCACCGAUAUAACCAAUAACCACGACGAUGAUCUGCCGGAGGAGAACUGCUCCCACCUGCACAGCAGCAGCAACAGCAAUAACAAUAGCAACGGCUCCUGCACGGACAUCAGUUCGGUGGUGAAGCAGUUCAAUCGGAGCAAGAGCAACAUCGAGACCAAUUUCACCAGCCAACCAAAGAUAAUCUCGACAACGAAUGCCUCGGUGGCCGCGGCCGUUAAGUCCAAAACUUUGGCCAAUCUACAGGAUGGUCAUAAUCAUAAUCAUCAUAAUCAUCAUCAUAGUGAUCGCGGCCAGGCGGAUGGUGGAUCCAAUCAGCAGGACUCUGAUUUCGAUGAGUUCAGCUCGCAGGACGAAGAUGAUGAGCCAGAGAAGCCCCAGCAGCAGCACCAACAGCAUCAGCAAAAUCCAGCCAUCAAUGCCCAAAUGCAGACGCAGCAUUACUAUCAGAAUGCGCAGGAUCUGCAGAAGAACCAAAAGGACGAAUCCGGUCCGAUAUUGGGACGCUGCAAGGCCCUAUAUAGCUACACCCCGAAGCUCUACGACGAGCUGGAACUGAGUCCCGGCGACAUCAUCGAGGUGCAUGCCAAGCAGGAUGACGGCUGGUGGCUGGGCGCCCUGCGCAAUCACAUCGGCAUCUUCCCGGCCACCUAUGUGGAGGAGUGUGCCUAAAUUGCUUCCUCCCAGGAUCCCUCCAUAGCUAUAUAAGUGCGAGUGAAAGUGUGUGUGCGACUGCCAAAAAAACAAGGAUAAGAGUGAGUGUGUGUGGGAGGAGCGAUUUGUUUGAAAGAAAUUGUAAGAAGGAGAAAGUCAAGCGGAAGAGAUUCCAAGGCUUAAACUUGGUUUUGAAACUGUCAAUAUUUUCGAAAGUCUACCUUAAUAUAUUCUUAAAAAUUAACGAGAAAAGUCAAGAAAGAAAAAGUCAUUUUGUUAUUUUUCAAACUAAAGAAAGUUAGGAAUUAUUUACACUUAAAUUCAAAUUUAACAUCUAAAAAGGUGAGAAAAGUUAUGAGUUUUCUUUUUACUGAUAGAAAGAAGAUAAACUUAAUAUGAAAAAGUUGAAUUCUUUAUGUUUUUCCAAGAAGCAGAAAUAUUUUCAGCAUAAGCUUAAUGUACAAAAAACUUAAAACUUUAAAAAUUACUUCAAUAUUUUUCUUCAAAAAGUCUCAAAAAGUAACAUAAAAUCAUUUUGUAAAUUGUAAAUUUUAAACUGCCAAGCAAAUUAUUUAAAAUUUCAUUAAUUUUCUACUAAACUUAACUUUUUUUAUACACUUGAAAAUCAAAUUAUAGAAAACAUUUAGAAUUAGCAACUUUAAUCUCACUGAAAACGAACAAAAUCGAGAAAACAGAUGCUUCAUUUUUGUUAAGACAUUUUCUUUUUGUUAAAAAUGAAAAUAAUUUGUUUUUUGAUUACAUUUUAAUGAACUUCUUUAGCCAGGGAAAAGAGUUAAGUUUUUUUCAAGGAAAUUUAAGAUCAAAAAGUUGUUCAAACGAAAGCAGAAAAAAUGAAGUUUCAAUAUUGAAAAUAUUGACAAUUUUCUUUUGAGUAAAUAUUUCUUGAUUUUCCUUAGUUUGGUUUUAAAAUGUUUUGCAAUAGUUUCAUAUUUAAUUAAUAAUUUAAUAAGUUAUAAUCUGAUUUCCUUUCCAAGAUUGCUUUAAGCCCCUUUUAAUUUCGUUUCAAGCAAAUCGUUCUGCCUUAGUUAGUGUUACGAAGUUAGUUAACCUGUUCUUGACAAAAUGCUGAGAUCCCAGGACAGGCAUUUGCCUUAAGCAUUAAGCAUACUAUGUAAUCUACGCGUAACGAUUGUAUUAAAUAUGAUUUUUUUUUAAAUAUUUUAAUUUUUUAACUACCAAUUAUAGUUUACGAUUAGCUUCCAGUUGAGUCAUUUAACAUUUAUUGAUCCUGCACAUUAUUAACCUUAGCGCUGGUCCUCAUCAAUAAAUUGCAAUCUUUGUUAUUUCA